UUCCAUCGGCACUAACUCCCACCCCAAUAUUAACAAAUUAGCCAUGUCGACCCCCAGCUUUUCUGAUUCCGACGAGGAGCGAACGACCCCAGCGAAGCUGUUUGGUCGCCAAAGGUCCAUAAGAGAAGUUCUCGGAGGAGGAAAAGUUGCAAAUGUGGUGUUAUGGGAGGAUAGAAUUGUAUCAGCCGGGCUUCUAAUCGGAGUCGCACUCAUAUGGUUUCUUUUCGAGAUUGUGGAAUAUACCUUCGUCACCCUCCUCUGUCACAUCCUUAUUACUACAAUGCUUGUAGUUUUCAUAUGGUCUGCUGGAGCCGAUAUCUUCAAUUGGAAUUCUCCAAAAGUCCCAGACGUCCUCUUGGAGGAAACUCUAUACAAAGAAGCAGCUUUGAUCGUCCAUGCAAGAUUUCAGGACUCCUCCGAAAUGCUUUUCAGCAUUGCCUGCGGAAAAAAUCCAAAACUCUUUUUUCUGGUUGUUGUUUUUCUCUGGAUACUGUCGAUAAUCGGAACUUAUGUGUCAUUUGUAAAUCUUCUUUUUGUGGGCUUUCUUUGCAUUGAAACUCUGCCAUAUCUUUACCAACGAUAUGAAGAAGAUGUUGACGACCUUGCUUAUUUUGCAAACCGGCGAAUAAGGAGAAUAUACAAGAUUUUCAAUUUGAAAGUCCUGGGCAAGAUUCCAAGAGGACCAGUGAAAGAGAAAUCCAUGUAGAUUAUGGACACAAGAGUACACUCAAUUGAAAAUCUUGCUUUUCUUUUCUCUCUGCACUGCGUAAAAGUUUAUGAGUUGAAAUGUAGAUAUUGAUGUAUGCAUAUGUAUGUACAAUUUUCAUGUGUAAUCUAAAUGUAUUACUUGCAUAUGAAA